CKAACWUCUCAACAUACUGAUCAAUCUAGAAAUUUAUUGUAGUAGAAGUUAUUCCCCGACAGUUAUUAUAUCACCUACAUACAACAAUGUUUUCUUCCAGAAGCAACACCAUCCUUCGACGAGUGGUCUCCAAACCGACAAUGGUGCGAUCGGCAUCACGACGUGCCAUGUCCACCUCGCACACUUUUGACAUUACCGGAUCCUUCGAGGUGAGAGCGAUUGGGACUCUCACGAAUGCAGCCAGAGUUGCGAUUYUAGUUCAUUUUUUAUARAAGUCGCUUCAUCSGAAACCAAUGUUUUGCAGCGUCGGUCACAAAUUUUGGGCCUGUCGACGGCAUUUGAUUGGGAUACGGCACUUGGUAUCUCUGCCUUUCAGUUUCGUCCACUCACGCCUCUUUUUUYAUUUGUAAAUCACGAUUCUGUCAUUGAUGUGCCCGUGUAUUCGGAUUGGAAAAACGAAACAACUGAAUUGAACUAAAUUUUAAUGAAACUGCUUUGUAUUGCUUUUCGGAAUGCGACAAAUGUUUGGCACUGGGGACUCUCAGAUCCACAAUUUUGAAAGCGGACCUUCUGAAACCGCCGAGGUUUCUAAGGAUCAGCUCGUUGCCAUGUUUGAAACCAUGUACACGAUGCGCCGGAUGGAGAUCACAUGCGACAACGAAUACAAGGCGCGAAACAUUCGCGGAUUCUGCCAUUUGUACGACGGACAGGAGGCAGUCGCUACCGGAAUCCAAGAGGCCCUCGACAAGGAGGAUUCUUGGGUYACUUCUUACCGUUGCCACGUAUUGUCGCUCAUGAGAGGAGGCUCCGUUGCCGGUGUUGUCGGAGAGCUCUUUGGAAAGGCCAACGGUGUCACCAAGGGAAAGGGUGGAUCCAUGCACAUGUACAGCAAAGAGCACAACUUCUUCGGUGGACACGGUAUCGUCGGAGCCCAGGUUCCAAUCGGAGCAGGAUUGGCUUUCGCCCACAAGUACAACGCUAAGCCAGGUCARCCCAUGAAUGUUGCCAUCGGUUGCUAUGGUGAUGGUGCUGCCAACCAAGGACAAAUCUGGGAAGCUGCCAACAUGAGCAACCUUUGGGAUCUCGUGAGUAUAUUCGGUUUUCAUCGUCUUGCCAUUGAGGCCGUUGUUGUGUGACUUCGACGUGUCCUUGCUUCACGUGUCAGAUGGUCCGACCACCAGCAUCUCAUAUGGGCCUUUUUUGUAAUCGCUGUUCCUUGUAUCAUUKAAUGGCAUCAUCUUUUUCAAACGCUUCAUUGCAUGUGUGGACUUCUGUUCGAAACCAAACAAUCAUCUGAUGCAUUACAYCACACACAAACAAAAACAAYACCAAAUUCAUUUCAAAACCUUGACUCGAAAAAUUACCAUCACCACGUCGCAGCCAAUGAUCUUUUGCAUUGAAAACAACCAUUACGGUAUGGGUACCUCGAUCGAUCGCCACUCUAGUAUCAGUGAUUACUACAARAUGGGUAACGCCAUCCCCGGUUUGCGAAUCGACGGAAUGAAUGUGUUGGCUGUCACUGAGGGCAUGAAAUUCGCCAAAGACUACGUCGGUAAUGGAAACGGCCCCAUGUAUGUAGAAAUGAUGACCUAUCGGUACCAUGGUCACUCGAUGUCCGAUCCAGGAACCACCUACCGAAACCGCGAAGAGAUCGAGUUUACUCGAACCAACCGCGACCCCAUCGAGCACGUAAAGUCGUGCUUGCAGGAAGCUGGCUUUAUGACAGCUGAAGAGAUCAAGGAGACCGAAAAGCGAAUCAGAAAAGAAGUACAAAAGGAAGUUAAAAAGGCCAAGGAAUGGGCCGUUCCCGAGGCGAACGAAGUAGUGGAAGACAUCUACGCCAAGAGUUUGACACCCCACGACUCCACCCACCCACCUUUUGUUCGCAUGCCUGACAUGGCAAAAUCAUUCAAAUUUGAUGUUUAAACUAUAGUUUAAUUCGAAAACAUCGAUCAAUCGAUCUCGUGUGUAUAAUUAAAUAGAUAUCUUAAAACAAC